UCGCAUCCCACUACCCAUCUCCCCUCAAUUACCCUUCAAAACUAAUCACAAUACCGCAAAAAUGGCCGACGAUGAGGACAGAGUUACCAUGCCCUUCAAGUUCGUGACUGGUACGGGCUUCGAUGCGCGCUUCCCCAACCAGAACCAGACCAAGCACUGCUGGCAGAACUACGUCGACUACCACAAGUGCAUCCUCGCCAAGGGUGAGGACUUCAAGCCCUGCCGUCAGUUCUUCCUCGCCUACAGAUCCCUCUGCCCCAGCUCGUGGGCCACAAGAUGGGACGACCAGCGUGAGAACGGCACUUUCCCCGCCAAAUUGGACGAGUAAACGCCUGUUCAUGCGUGACGAAACAAUUCUGCUUUGGCAAUUUGGGCUUCAAGUCUCCUCUACUGUCGA